AUGGAAAUUCCGACAUUUGAUGGCCAGUUCUCCCAGUCUGAUAGUGUUAGCCAACAUGGGCUUGGACUUGCCACUGAGCCCUCGGAUGGGUUUGUCAAUCAUAUACCAAUGCAUAUUCCAGACGAACUCUCCCCUGAAAUAUACAAUCUCGAUCCAAUGGCAAUCUUGGAUACGAUCGGGACGGACUUCAGUUCCAACCUGGGAUGGAUUUUGCAGUCAUGCUCUGAUAAUCUAAACCUUUCGACAUCGGACUUCACCUUUGACAUGGGCCUAGAGCACUCCGCCUCGCCCUCUUUUCAACUGCAGCAUCCCAUUCGAUCUAUGCCUCAUGAAUCACUUUUUGGCCAUCAAACACAAGCCGACCCAGCAGCUAUUGGAUUGAGGACACCAUGCACCGAGGAGGCCGGCCUUCCGUGGCAUGUGGAUCCCCAUGCUGAAUCUGAGCGUAUGGUAUUGCCCAGUCUUGAAAUUGAUAUGGAGCAAUGCACUCCUACAAUCACAUUCUGCUCCACAAAACCUAUCAGCGAUGCUGCCUACGCCACAUUUCGGGAAAUUAUUGGCCUACCGUUUCGAAGUCCAUGGCAGCCGAUCGAUGGUAUUUCUCUCCUCAAGUUCGACUGUCUACUCACAGAAUGGCAGAGGCUUCCCAUAAUUCACCAACCUACAUUUGACCCCGACAGCAGCGCAGUCGUGACCCUUGCCAUGAUCUGCGCGGGAGCAAGAUACACGAACUCCCGUAAUUCACGAGCAUUUUCCAUGACACUUUCGGAGCUCAAUCGCCGUGUUCUUAUUUCCAAUGCUGAGUAUGAUCGCAAGGUUGUCUACACAGAGGAGUAUUUAAUUGCUCAAGUGCUCCAAGGAUUUCUUGGAUAUGCUAGCGGAAGCCAACACUUGUUUGAGCUGAGCGAGGUCUAUCGAAGUUCUUUGGUUCACAAUGCUAGAUACAUGGGCUUGUUUCUGGAGCAAUCGCCUACUGUACCGAUGGCAACUACCCCCGAAAACGUCUGGAGGGAAUGGAUCCGCCGGGAGCGAUCAUGUCGGUUAGCCUGGGCUGAAUACGAUGCAUCUGUGGCGUUCCUUCACAACAGUCGGUCUUAUAUAAUUAUUGAAGACAUGAAGCUCUCACUUCCCUCCUCUCCCCAGCACUGGAAUGCGGAAUCAUCCUAUGCAUGGAAGGCCUUGCAUCCGUGGACGAACCUUUAUCCGCCUACUGUCAAGUUGAGACCCCUUAUCCGGUCCCUACUUGACGGCAGUCCAAAUGCAGCAGCUAGCAUCGAAAAUGAGAGACAUCGACAUCUUACUAUCAUGACUCUCAUCCGGAUGCUAUGGAGCAUAAAGGAGAUCAAACUAUCAACCAUCGCGGACCUCGUACCGCACACUCUCGAUAAUAGCCGGGAGCCGCUGGUGCACGCCCUGAACUCUCUUGUGCAGUCACCCGCCGCGUCAUCGCUGGGAAGUCGCAGCGAUGUGAUAAACAUCGCGGUCCACGCGCAAAAUGCUCACACAGCGCAUUUUAUCGCGGCGGGAGAUCUGUUGAACUGGCUGUGGCCGGUGCUGCGCGGCUUUAUCGAGGAGAGGCAUCGGAUCGAUUCACGAACGGCCAAUGCGAUCAUGAGCAAUCUGACCAAGGACAAUCUGGUUUCAGCACGCGACGUAACCUAUCGCAGCGCUCAGGUUCUGGCCUUGGCACGUCGCUACCCGACCGGGUGGGUGUACGAGCCCUUCAAUGUGUUCCACGCGGGCGUGGUUCUAUAUUUAAUGGCAGGCUUUCUUCCGCCACAUGUUCCAGCGGACCCAACCGUUAAACUGCGUAUCGACGACCUCCAAUCAGCACCAAACAGUCCCAACAACGUGCAGAUUCAAGCCUGGGUACGGGAUGGGGGGAAUGCGAUCAUCGGGCUUGAUCGAAUACCGGUGCUGUGUUGUAACGAGGGCCGUCAGGCUAUUCUUGAACAUACCGGAGAGCUUCUGCGCAACGGAGGGUGGGGCAUUGGGCUUGAGUUUGCAAAAUUACUGUUCAAACUCAGGGGGCCUAUCUGA